AUGGAAAGUGGUCUCUCUUUAAACCUUGUAGAUUUCAAUUCCUUGGUUGUUUCCUCGACAAAUAGUGUUGGAGACUCUGCAGUGAAUACGAGGAGAAUGUUGGCAAAAUCGUGGACUUCACUCCUGUUGGGUGGUGAUGAAGGAGAAGACGAAGUCUAUUCGUCAUCGCCUCCGACCAUUCAUCACCAUCUGCAAAAUACUCAUUUAAAUUCGGAUCCUAAUGAUUUAGUUGUUUUGCAUGAUUUUAAUGACAAUUCAAGUAUUAUUACAGAUGUCAUCAGUAAUGUUGAUAAUGGCAGUAGCAAUCACGUGAUUGAUUCAGCAGUAAUUCAAAAAGAACGAUUAAUCAAAAAACAAUUGGAAUGUAAAAAAUUGAGAAUGCUCUUCUCACCUCCAGAAAUGCUAACAGAGGAUGGUGAAAUUGAAGAGUCUUACUUUAGACCAGAUCCUUCCAGAAUUUUUAAUAUGGAUUGUCUGAAAACACUGACCUGGAAUAAGACAGACGAAGAAUUGUUGAGAAGAGGUAUUAAUGAGUUUGGAAAUGAUUGGACAGCCAUAAUUUUGAAAUACCUUCCGAAUUGGGACGCAAAAGAACUGCAAGAAAAGUGUAAACAAUUGAAAAUCUCAACAAAAAAGGCUCGCACAACUCCUGAACCAAAAAUCAAUACUAGUGGUAAACUAUCCACUUCUUCAUCAACAAAGAGGAAGAAAAAAACAAAGAAAAAACCAGAAAGUGAAGACAAAGAAUUUGAAGAAAAUGAAACAGAUGAAGAAUCAUUUGAAAUUAUUUCAGAAGAGGAGAAGAAGCCAAAGAGAAAAACAUCUAAUAAGAAGAAUGCCACAACCACUGUAAAAUCUAAAACAAUAUCUAAAACCAAUAAGAAAUCUAACAGCAAACAAAAUGGAAAAUCAACCACUAAAAAGGUGGCUGUAACCAAUUCUGAAACUUCUGAAGAGGAGGAAGAAUUCAAUGAAGAUGAUUUUAUUUCAGAAGAAGAAGAGGAGGAUGAAAUGAGUGAUGAAGAACCUCCAAAAAGUAGCAAAAGAGGUGGCAGAGCUAGGCCAAAGAGGCAAGUACAAAGGUAUUGCUAUCAUGAAAAUUCAUCUGGUGAAGAUGAAAUGCUCGACCAGUACAUUGAUUAA